UGACGAAACAGAAACCAUCAGCUCCCAUAUCUUAUUCCAAUUAGAUUAGUGUAUAUUAACUUGGGAGUUUCGGAAAUACAAUUGCCAACAGCUAGACAUGAAUGACAAACCUUUUACAUCACAAUAGAAGGUGGGUCUCCUUUAGGGAACAAAUCAAUGUCAUGCUCGCCGACAGAAGGACAUAUGCUCUCUCUUCUUUCACCUUCAAUGUGGGUCUGCAUGCAUUCUGCUCAGCACAAUCCGUUAGGAUGACAGUGAACACCAUUGUCGGUUUAUAAAGCAAAAGUACCACACUUUCGGCGAGCAACAACCAGCUCAUAUCAG